UCAGUUGCUCGCAGUUCGCAGUGGCAACAGCAUCAUAUAGAGGCCAACAUAUCUCCCGCACAUUCGCGCCGUAUGAAUUAUGUAAAAUCGAAAACGCCGCGAAUUUCAAUACAAAGACACACGCGUCCGCGGGAAUCCAAUAUUAUAUAUAGUAAUAUUAGAACAAUCACAUCUGCGAUCUGCAACAAUGCAGCCGAAUGCCUUUCACAAGCUUUUGUUACUACUACCGCUCGCCUAUCAGCAUACAUCAAAUGAUCAUAAAGACGAAUCGCACUGGGACUAUGAGACGAACGGACAGAAUUGGGGAGGAAUUUGCUCUACGGGCGAAAGACAGUCACCCAUUUCGUUAAACGUCCAAAAAUCGCUCAUCGUCCCACUACCGCGGAUCGUCUUCGGAAACUAUGACGUAAAGCUGAGGGGACCGCUCACCCUGCUCAAUAAUGGACAUACAGCUCACGUGGAGAUACCAGAAACUGCUAACGGCAACAAACCCUUCAUAACCGGGGGUCUGCUCAAAGGCAGAUUUGUGGCCGAGGCCUUCCACUUCCACUGGGGAUCCCCGAGCUCCCGCGGAUCCGAGCACUCCAUUAACCAGCAGCGAUUCGACGUGGAGAUGCACAUUGUCCACCGAAAUGAGAAGUAUGGAGAUAUCGAUGAGGCGAAAAACAAGAAAGAUGGCAUUGCUGUUAUUGGAGUCAUGCUGAAAAUCGUAAAGAAUCCCAAUCGCAUAUUUCCGGGAUUGAGCAAAGUGAUGAGUGCGUUGCCGCGGGUGACGAAGUACAACGCGAAGACGACCAUUCCGGGCGGACUAAGUCUUGGACAGAUGCUUGGAAACGUGAAUCCCCGGGACUUCUUCACCUACCGUGGAUCCCUGACCACGCCCCUUUGCGAGCAGUCUGUCACCUGGACGGUGUUCUCCCAGGUUCUGCCCGUACCCUAUUCGUCGGUGUCGAAAUUCUGGAAACUGCGAGACUCCGAGGGCCACAGACUGAUCAACAAUUUCCGGGACAUACAGCCGCGAAAUGGGCGCCCAGUGUUCUACAGGAUCGGAAAGGAUCUGAGUGGGGCCUAUCUGGGAAAGUGAUGCUAAUGUAACUCGAC